GGGAUGUGGGAAAGGCAGCCAGCGCCCGGACUGGUCUCUCUUCUGGGGCAAGAUCAUGGGGAUUAAAAGUGGAUUUACCUUGGCCAACCUCGUCUUUUUCUGGAUGCUCUCCUGCGUGAAAGGAUUUAUUUAUACGUGUGGCGGAACUUUAAAAGGACUUAAUGGAACUAUAGAAAGCCCAGGCUUCCCAUAUGGAUAUCCAAAUGGCGCAAAUUGUACGUGGGUAAUAAUUGCAGAAGAAAGAAACAGAAUACAGAUAGUAUUUCAAUCUUUCGCUCUAGAAGAAGAAUAUGAUUAUUUGUCAUUAUAUGAUGGGCAUCCUCAUCCUACAAACUUCAGGACAAGGUUAACAGGAUUUCAUCUUCCUCCCCCUGUGACCAGUACAAAAUCUGUAUUCUCUCUAAGAUUGACCAGUGACUUUGCAGUGAGUGCCCAUGGAUUUAAAGUAUAUUAUGAAGAAUUACAGAGUAGUUCUUGUGGUAAUCCUGGAGUUCCACCCAAAGGUGUUCUGUACGGAACAAGGUUUGAUGUUGGGGACAAAAUUCGAUACAGCUGUGUGACAGGAUACAUCCUGGAUGGUCACCCCCAGCUCACCUGUAUAGCCAAUUCAGUAAACACAGCAUCCUGGGAUUUUCCAGUUCCUAUCUGCAGAGCGGAGGAUGCAUGUGGAGGGACAAUGAGGGGAUCCAGUGGUAUUAUCUCGAGCCCUAAUUUUCCCAACGAGUACCACAAUAAUGCAGACUGCACGUGGACCAUUGUGGCUGAACCUGGCGACACCAUUUCGCUCAUAUUUACGGAUUUUCAAAUGGAAGAAAAAUACGAUUACUUGGAAAUAGAAGGCUCGGAACCGCCAGCAAUAUGGUUAUCUGGAAUGAAUAUACCACCUCCAAUUAUCAGCAACAAAAACUGGCUAAGACUUCAUUUUGUAACAGACAGCAACCACCGAUAUCGUGGAUUUAGUGCUCCUUAUCAAGGUUCUUCUACCACUUUGACCCAAACUGCCUCCACUGGUGAGUUAAAGGAUGAUAUUGCGACUACCGCUGGUGAUAUUACUGUUGCUAGCACAACUGCUGAUGUUACUGUCACCAGCCAUAGCGUUUCCGAAGAGCAGCAAGUGCAAGCUGUGAAUCUCAGAAAAUCAGAUAUGGAACUCAUCACUUCCAAGGAAGCCCUCUCCCUUCAAUCAGCAGAUACCCAAAGUACAAGAAGACGGCCAAGAAAUGCUGAGCAGAUAGAAAGAACUAACGAGCUUGCAGUUGUUACUCAUAGAGUGAAAAAGGCCAUAGAUUUUAAAUCUAGAGGAUUUAAAUUGUUUCCAGGGAAAGACAACAGCAACAAGUUUUCUAUCUUAAAUGAAGGAGGCAUUAAACAGGCAUCCAAUCUGUGUCCAGAUCCUGGAGAACCUGAAAAUGGAAAACGGAUAGGCUCAGACUUUAGUCUGGAUGCAUCCGUGCAGUUUUCUUGUGAUGAAGACUACGUGCUACAAGGGGCAAAAAGUAUAACUUGCCAAAGAAUAGCAGAGGUUUUCGCUGCUUGGAGUGAUCAUAGACCCGUCUGCAAAGUGAAAACAUGUGGAUCUAAUCUUCAGGGACCUGGUGGCACUUUCACAUCCCCUAACUUCCCAUUCCAGUAUGACAGUAAUGCUCAAUGUGUGUGGGUCAUCACAGCUAUCAAUCCAAACAAGGUUAUUCAGAUUAAUUUUGAAGAAUUUGAUCUGGAAAUUGGCUACGAUACUCUAACAAUUGGUGAUGGAGGAGAAGUGGGUGACCCUAGAACUGUCCUUCAAGUGUUAACGGGAAGCUUCGUGCCAGAUUUAAUUGUCAGCAUGAGCAAUCAGAUGUGGCUGCACCUUCAAACUGAUGAAAGUGUGGGUUCAAUUGGCUUCAAAGUUAACUACAAAGAGAUUGAAAAAGAAAGCUGUGGUGAUCCAGGUACUCCAUUAUAUGGCAUUAGAGAGGGAGAUGGAUUUUCCAAUCGUGAUGUGCUAAGGUUUGAGUGUCAAUUUGGAUUUGAAUUGAUUGGAGAAAAAUCGAUUGUUUGUCAAGAGAAUAACCAGUGGUCCGCAAACAUACCAAUCUGCAUAUUUCCCUGCCUUUCCAAUUUCACGGCACCAAUGGGAACUGUUCUUUCUCCCGACUACCCGGAAGGAUAUGGGAAUAAUUUGAACUGCAUCUGGACAAUCAUCUCAGACCCUGGAAGCCGAAUUCAUCUCUCCUUCAAUGAUUUUGACCUGGAAUCUCAGUUUGAUUUCCUUGCGAUCAAAGACGGUGAUUCUCCUGAUUCUCCAAUACUUGGCACGUUCACAGGAGCUGAAGUGCCCUCCCACCUGACAAGCAACAGUCAUAUUUUGCGUCUGGAAUUUCAAGCUGACCAUUCCAUGUCAGGUCGAGGAUUUAACAUCACAUAUAACACAUUUGGACACAAUGAGUGUCCUGAUCCUGGUAUACCAAUCAAUGCACGUCGGUUUGGUGACAACUUUCAGCUGGGAAGUUCAAUAUCUGUCAUAUGUGAAGAAGGUUUUAUUAAAACUCAAGGAACUGAAACAAUUACAUGUGUGUUGAUGGAUGGGAAAGUUAUGUGGAGUGGACCUAUCCCAAAGUGUGGAGCUCCAUGUGGUGGACACUUUUCUUCUCCCAGUGGAGUCAUCCUUUCGCCAGGCUGGCCUGGGUAUUAUAAAGACUCCUUGAAUUGUGAGUGGGUGAUUGAAGCUGAACCAGGACACUCUAUCAAAAUUACAUUUGAAAGAUUCCAGACCGAACUCAAUUAUGAUGUUCUAGAAGUGCAUGAUGGGCCGAAUCUUCUGUCACCACUUCUGGGAUCUUACAAUGGUACACAAGUUCCCCAGUUUCUGUUCAGCAGCAGCAAUUUCAUUUACUUGCUGUUUACAACAGAUAAUAGCCGGUCUAAUAAUGGCUUCAAGAUCCACUAUGAAAGUGUAACAGUUAAUACAUAUUCAUGUUUGGACCCUGGUAUACCUGUUCAUGGACAUCGUUAUGGGCAUGACUUCUCCAUUGGCUCCACAGUAUCAUUUGGGUGUGAUCCAGGAUACAGACUGAGCCACGAAGAACCUUUACUGUGUGAAAAGAACCACUGGUGGAGCCACCCACUUCCUACUUGUGAUGCUUUGUGUGGAGGAGACGUUAGAGGUCCAAGUGGAACAAUUUUAUCUCCAGGUUAUCCUGAAUUGUAUCCAAAUUCACUGAAUUGCACGUGGACUGUGGAUGUUACCCAUGGAAAAGGAGUGCAGUUCACCUUUCACACCUUUCAUUUGGAAGAUCAUCACGACUACUUACUAAUCACAGAAAAUCGCAGUUUCACUCAGCCUCUGGCACGGUUGACUGGGUCUGAGCUUCCCUCUCCAAUCAACGCUGGUCUCUAUGGAAAUUUCAGGGCUCAGCUGCGCUUUAUUUCUGACUUCUCCAUAUCGUACGAAGGAUUUAAUAUUACUUUCUCUGAAUAUAAUCUUGAACCCUGUGAGGAUCCUGGAAUUCCUCAUUUUGGGAGCAGAGUAGGAUUUAAUUUUGGAGUUGGAGACACUCUAACAUUCUCAUGUUCACCUGGAUACCGCUUGGAGGGGACUUCAGAGAUUAUUUGCCUCGGUGGUGGCCGACGAGUAUGGAGUGCACCUCUGCCCAGGUGUGUGGCUGAAUGUGGCGCUUCUGCAACAAAUAAUGAAGGGAUUUUGCUGUCCCCCAAUUACCCCCUCAGCUAUGAAAACAACCACGAAUGUAUUUACAGCAUUCAAGUACAAGCAGGGAAGGGAAUCAACAUUUCUGCUCGAACGUUUCAUUUAGCACAAGGAGAUGUUCUUAAGAUAUAUGAUGGGAAGGAUAAUACCGCACAUUUACUGGGUGCAUUUACUGGAGCUUCACUGCGAGGACUGACGCUCAGCAGUACUUCGAAUCAUAUUUGGCUUGAGUUUAAUUCAGAUUCUGAGGGAACAGACGAAGGAUUUCAACUUGUUUAUACCAGUUUUGAACUUUCUCAUUGUGAGGAUCCUGGUGUUCCACAGUUUGGGUACAAGAUAAGCGACCAAGGCCAUUUCGCUGGCAGCACCAUCAUUUAUGGAUGCAAUCCUGGUUACACCCUCCAUGGAAGUAGCCUUCUUAAGUGCAUGACAGGAGAAAGAAGGGCAUGGGAUUAUCCUCUACCAUCUUGUAUUGCUGAAUGUGGAGGUCGUUUUAAAGGAGAAUCAUCUGGAAGAAUCCUAUCUCCUGGCUAUCCUUUUCCAUAUGACAAUAAUCUGCGGUGUAUGUGGAUGAUUGAAGUUGAUCCAGGAAAUAUUGUCAGCCUCCAAUUUCUUGCCUUCGAUACUGAAGCCUCGCAUGACAUUCUACGUGUCUGGGAUGGUCCGCCUGAAAAUGACAUGCUUUUAAAAGAAAUUAGUGGCUCUCUUAUUCCUGAAGGCAUCCACAGCACUCUCAACGUGGUUACCAUCCAAUUUGAUACAGACUUUUAUAUCAGCAAAUCUGGAUUUGCCAUUCAGUUCUCAAGUUCGGUAGCCACAGCAUGCCGUGAUGCCGGCGUCCCUAUGAAUGGAACUCGAAAUGGAGAUGGAAGAGAACCUGGAGACACCGUCAUUUUUCAGUGUGACCCUGGCUAUGAAUUACAAGGAGAUGAAAGAAUAACCUGCAUUCAGGUAGAAAAUCGGUACUUCUGGCAGCCCAACCCACCAGUCUGUAUAGCACCUUGUGGAGGCAAUUUGACAGGCUCAUCUGGUUUUAUUCUUUCACCAAACUUCCCUCAUCCUUAUCCCCAUAGCAGAGACUGUGACUGGACCAUUACUGUUAAUAAUGAUUAUGUAAUAUCCUUAGCAUUUAUCAGCUUCAGUAUAGAACCAAACUAUGACUUCCUCUAUAUUUAUGAUGGGCCGGACAGCAAUAGCCCACUCAUUGGGAGCUUUCAAGAUAGCAAGCUACCAGAGAGGAUAGAGAGUAGUUCAAACUCGAUGCACUUGGCUUUUCGAAGUGAUGGAUCUGUUAGUUUCACUGGUUUUCACUUGGAAUACAAAGCCAAACUACGUGAGUCCUGCUUUGAUCCUGGGAAUAUAAUGAAUGGCACCAGGCUUGGAAUGGAUUAUAAAUUAGGGUCAACAGUCACAUACUACUGCGAUGCUGGUUAUGUCCUUCAAGGGUAUUCUACACUCACUUGUAUUAUGGGAGAUGAUGGAAGACCAGGAUGGAACAGAGUUUUACCAAGCUGCCAUGCACCUUGUGGAAGUCGUUCUACUGGUUCGGAAGGCACAGUUUUAUCCCCAAACUACCCCAAAAACUAUAGCAUAGGACACAACUGUAUUUACUCCAUUGCAGUUCCCAAGGAAUUUGUGGUUUUUGGGCAGUUUGUAUUUUUCCAGACAUCGCUCCAUGAUGUGGUUGAGGUAUACGAUGGCCCAACGCAACAGUCGUCUUUAUUAUCGUCGCUUUCAGGAUCUCACUCAGGAGAAUCCCUUCCAUUGAGCUCAGGGAACCAGAUUACCGUCCGUUUCACUUCAGUUGGACCUGUAACUGCUAAAGGAUUUCACUUCGUUUAUCAAGCGGUUCCAAGAACAAGUGCAACACAGUGUAGUUCGGUUCCUGAACCACGGUUUGGCAAAAGGAUUGGAAAUGAGUUUGCAGUUGGUUCUUUGGUGCUUUUUGAAUGUAAUCCAGGCUAUAUACUUUAUGGAUCAAUAGCAAUCAGAUGUGACACAGUGCCCAAUGCAUUGGCACAGUGGAAUGAUUCCCUUCCUACAUGUGUCGUGCCCUGUGGAGGAAUUUUAACCAAGCGCAAAGGAACCAUUCUGUCCCCUGGCUAUCCUGAGCCCUAUGACAACAAUCUGAAUUGUGUAUGGAAGAUCACAGUGCCAGAAGGAGCUGGGAUUCAAAUACAAGUUAUAAGUUUUGCAACAGAACAUAACUGGGACUCUUUGGAUUUUUAUGAUGGUGCUGACAAUAAUGCUCCAAGGCUUGGGAGCUAUUCAGGAACUACAAUACCUCCACUUCUCAACAGUACAUCCAACAAUUUGUAUCUCAACUUUCAAUCAGAUAUCAGCGUGUCAGCUGCUGGAUUUCAUUUGGAGUACACAGCUAUAGGUUUGGACUCUUGCCCGGAACCCCAGACCCCAAGCAGUGGUAUUAAGAUUGGUGACAGAUACAUGGUGGGAGAUGUGGUUUCAUUUCAAUGUGACCAAGGAUAUUCUCUUCAGGGGCAUUCACAUAUCACCUGUAUGCCUGGACCAGUAAGAAGAUGGAAUUACCCUAUUCCAAUUUGUUUAGCACAGUGUGGUGGUUCUAUGUCAGACUUCAGUGGAGUUAUCCUUAGCCCUGGAUUUCCUGGAAAUUAUCCCAGCAGUUUGGACUGCACAUGGACGAUCAAGCUCCCCAUUGGUUUUGGUGUCCACUUGCAGUUUGCAAAUUUUUCAACUGAGACAAUUCAUGAUUAUUUGGAAGUAAGAAGUGGGUCAACAGAUAUCAGUACAGUCAUUGGAAGACUAAGUGGCCCUCAGCUUCCAUCUUCUCUUUUCAGUACAACACAUGAAACUAGCUUGUAUUUUCACAGCGACUAUUCUCAGAACAAGCAAGGGUUUCAUAUUGUAUAUCAAGCAUAUCAGUUGCAAAGUUGUCCUGACCCACGCCCCUUUCGGAAUGGUUUUGUCAUUGGAACAGACUACACUGUUGGACAAACUGUUUCAUUUGAGUGUUUUCCUGGAUACACUUUAAUUGGAAAUUCAGCACUUACGUGUCUUCACGGAAUCAGUCGUAAUUGGAAUCAUCCUCUACCAAGGUGUGAAGCUCUUUGUGGAGGAAAUAUAACUGCUAUGAAUGGCACUAUAUACUCUCCAGGCUAUCCUGAUGAAUACCCAAACUUCCAAGACUGUUUUUGGCUUGUAAGAGUACCACCAGGGAAUGGAAUUUAUAUCAAUUUUACUGUCCUUCAAACAGAACCAAUAUAUGAUUUCAUAACAGUUUGGGAUGGGCCAGACCAAAAUUCUCCUCAAAUUGGUCAGUUUAGUGGCAACACUGCCCUGGAAUUAAAUGCUGAAAUCCUUACUGAAGAUGAUGAAUUUGAAAUAGGGGACAUAAUAAGGUACCAGUGUCUACCAGGCUUUACAUUAGUUGGUAAUGAGAUUCUGACAUGUAGACUAGGAGAGAGGCUACAGAUGGAUGGAGCACCUCCUGCUUGUCAAGUAUUAUGUCCUGCAAACGAAUUACGUCUCGAUUCCACUGGAGUGAUCAUGAGUCCUGGCUAUCCAGAUAGCUACCCAAAUCUCCAAAUGUGCGCAUGGACCAUUACUGUGGAAAAGGGUUACAACAUCAGUCUUUAUUUUGAAUUCUUCCAGACAGAAAAGGAAUUUGAUAUACUUGAGGUGUACGAUGGACCAAAUAGUCACAGUCCAUUGCUAAUCUCCCUAAGUGGAGAUUACUCCUCAUCUCUUAAUAUAACUAGCAGUGGCCAUGAAGUGUUUCUUCGUUGGUCAGCAGACCACGGCACCAACAAAAGAGGUUUCAGGAUCAGAUAUAUAGCCCAUUACUGCAGCACUCCGGAGUCUCCUCCUCAUGGAUUCAUUGUUAGUCAGACGGGUGGACAGCUCAACAGUGUGGUUCGCUGGGCUUGUGACCGAGGAUUCCGGCUCAUUGGAAAAAGCACAGCUGUGUGUAGGAAAUCUCCCCAUGGAUAUCAUGCAUGGGAUGUUCCUGUUCCAGCCUGUCAAGCUAUCUCAUGCGGAAUUCCAAAAGCUCCAGUGAAUGGAGGUAUAUUAACUACAGAUUAUUUGGUGGGCACUCGAGUUACCUAUUUCUGCAAUGAUGGAUAUAGGCUAUCAUCCAAAGAACUUAUUACUGCAACCUGCCAGCCAGACGGCACAUGGAGCAAUCAUAACAAGACACCUCGUUGUGUAGUUGUUACAUGUCCAAGCAUCAAUCUGUUCACCUUGGAGCAUGGCAGAUGGCGGAUAGUGAAUGGCUCUCACUACGAGUACAAAACAAAAGUUGUCUUCAGCUGUGAUCCUGGCUAUCAUGGAUUGGGACCAGAAUCCAUUGAAUGUCUUGCUAAUGGCACUUGGAGUUGGAGAAAUGAGAGACCAUACUGCCAAAUUAUUUCAUGCGGAGAACUUCCCAUACCUCCAAAUGGGAAUAAGAUUGGCACUCAGAUCACAUACGGUUCGACUGCUAUUUUUACUUGUGACUCUGGAUUUAUGUUGGUGGGCUCAGCUGUAAGAGAAUGUCUUUCCUCUGGACUAUGGAGUGGAACUGAGACAAGGUGCUUAGCGGGCCACUGUGGAAUUCCUGAUCUUAUAGUCAAUGGUCAAGUAAUUGGAGAAAAUUAUGGUUACCGGGAUACAGUUGUAUAUCAGUGCAACCCUGGCUUUCGACUCAUUGGCUCCUCUGUACGGAUUUGCCAGCAAGACCACAACUGGUCUGGUCAGCUUCCAUCCUGUGUGCCUGUUAGCUGUGGUCAUCCUGGCAGUCCGAUUUAUGGAAGAACAAGUGGAAAUGGUUUUAACUUCAAUGAUGUUGUGACAUUCUCUUGUAACACUGGCUAUAUCAUGCAAGGACCAACAAAAGCCCAAUGUCAGGCAAACAGGCAAUGGAGUCAUCCACCGCCAAUAUGCAAAGUGGUCAACUGUUCUGAUCCAGGAAUCCCUGCAAAUUCUAUAAGAGAGAGCAAAAUUGAGCAUGGAAAUUUCACAUAUGGAACAGUUGUUUUUUACGAUUGCAAUUCAGGAUAUUUUUUAUUUGGAUCUUCAGUUUUAGUUUGCCAGCCAAAUGGUCACUGGGAUAAGCCUUUGCCAGAAUGCAUUAUGGUUGACUGUGGUCAUCCUGGCAUUCCUCCAAAUGCAAUCCUGUCUGGAGAGAAAUUUACAUUUGGAUCUACGGUUCGGUAUUCUUGUACAGGAAGGCGGUCAUUAAUAGGCCAACUAUCUCGGACAUGUCAGUUGAAUGGACACUGGAGUGGAUCUAUGCCUCAUUGCUCAGGUGAUACUACAGGAUCUUGUGGAGACCCUGGAAUUCCUGGUCAUGGGUCUAGAGAUGGAAGCAAUUUUAGAGUUAAAAGUACUGUGCAAUUUUCUUGUGAGCUUGGUUAUAUCCUUCACGGAUCAGAGGAAAGGACAUGUCUGGGAAAUGGAAGUUGGACAGGAAAGCAACCAGAAUGUAAAGCUGUUCAGUGUGGCAACCCUGGAACCACAGCUAACGGGAAGGUGUUUCGAAUAGAUGGCACGACAUUCUCUAGUUCUGUAAUUUAUUCCUGUAUGGAAGGCUACAUCCUGUCUGGAACAUCUGUGAGACAGUGUACUGCUAACGGAACAUGGUCUGGCUCCUUGCCAAAUUGCACAAUAAUCAGUUGUGGAGACCCAGGUACACCAGCUAAUGGAUUGAGAUAUGGUGAUGACUAUGUUGUUGGACAAAAUGUUACGUAUAUGUGCCAGCCUGGGUACACAAUGGAAUCCAAUAGUUCCCAAAUUCGUACUUGCACUACUAAUGGCACAUGGAGUGGAAUGCUUCCAACAUGUAAAGCUGUUACCUGCCCAACUCCACCCCAGAUCUCUAACGGAAGACAGGAAGGAACAAAUUUUGACUGGGGAUUUAGUAUUAGCUAUGUCUGCUCGCCUGGCUAUGAGCUGUCAUUUCCUGCUGUUUUGACGUGUGUUGGGAAUGGAACAUGGAGUGGUGAAGUACCUCAGUGUUUACCAAAGUUUUGUGGUGACCCUGGAAUACCUGCCCAAGGCAAAAGAGAAGGAAAGAGCUUUAUUUAUCAGUCAGAAGUCUCUUUCAGCUGCAAUCCUCCAUUCUUGUUGGUUGGUUCUAGUACUCGGAUAUGUCAAGCAGAUGGUACCUGGAGUGGAUCGUCUCCCCGGUGCAUAGAACCCACCCGCACAUCAUGUGAAAAUCCUGGAGUUCCCCGCCAUGGAUCACAAAAUGAUACAUUUGGCUAUCAGGUAGGGAAUAUUCUACAAUUUCACUGCAAAAAAGGGUACCUUCUUCAAGGAUCUACAACUCGCACCUGCCUUCCUGAUCUUACGUGGAGUGGAAUUCAGCCUGAAUGCAUACCUCACAGCUGCAAGCAACCAGAAUCUCCGGCUCACACAAAUGUUGCCGGAAUGGAUCUUCCCUCUCUUGGCUAUACCCUGAUAUACACCUGCCAGCCUGGGUUCUUCUUAGCAGGAGGGUCAGAACACCGAGUCUGUAGGUCUGACGGCACUUGGACAGGGAAGGUUCCUAUGUGUCAAGCUGGUUCCAAAAUACUGGUGAAAGAUCCUCGGCCGGCUUUGGGAACACCAAGUCCUAAAUUGAAUGUUCCUGAUGAUGUGUUUGCCAUGAACUACAUAUGGAAAGGUUCCUACAAUUACAAAGGGAAGAAACAACCAAUGACUUUGACAAUUACUAAUUUCAAUGCAACAUCGGGAAGAGUGAAUGCGACACUUAUAAAUAGCAAUAUGGAACUGUUACUUUCAGGGUUGUAUAAAAGCCAAGAGGCCCGUUUAAUGCUCCAUAUAUAUCUGAUUAAAUCACCGUCCCAUACUUCUGUGAACAAACUGAAGGAAGAAAAAUGGGCAAUGGAUGGCUUCGUUUCUGCUGAACCUGAUGGUGCUACCUAUGUUUUUCAAGGAUUUAUCCAGGGUAAAGAUUAUGGACAAUUUGGACUUCAAAGAUUAGGACUCAAUAUGUCUGAAGGUUCAAAUUCAUCCAACCAACCACAUGGAACAAACAGCAGUUCUGUGGCCAUUGCUAUUCUCGUGCCUUUCUUUGCUCUCAUAUUAGCAGGAUUUGGUUUUUACCUUUAUAAACAAAGAACUGCACCAAAAACACAGUACACAGGAUGCUCUGUACAUGAAAAUAACAAUGGGCAGGCUGCUUUUGAAAAUCCCAUGUAUGACACCAAUGCGAAGUCUGUUGAAGGGAAGGCUGUGCGAUUUGAUCCCAACUUGAACACAGUUUGCACAAUGGUAUAACAUUGUGACAGCUUGUCUUCAAUUAUCCGAUAAUUGAAACACAACAGUGCACACAUAGUCCACUGAUUUUUUUAUUUAAAAAAUGAAUUUAAAGCACAUUUUUCAGGAUGUCCUGGGUCACCUUCUCCUGAGGAUGAGAGAGAGCGAGAGAGAGAGAGAGCCGAGAGUGAGUUUCUUUUUUUUCAUAGACUGGAAAAAAAAUAUUGACUUCAUGGUUCCUGUGGAGUGUUUUACAGAACGUCUGCUGCACUCCAUGAGUGCUUAUUCAGUUUAUUUGCUUUUUUAAAAAAGGAGAUUAUUCUAAAAAAAAAAAAUAUAAGAAUAAAAAAACAUAUUUGCAUAUAUUGGAGGAGCAUCCAUUAUCAGUACUUCUGUGCUUUAUAAACUAUGCUAGAGGGAGUGGGUUUAAAAGAACGAAAUAAAUGAUAUAUGGUAGAAACUAAGAGUUAUAUUUACAGGAGAAAACAAACAUCAUUGAGUCUCUUUAACCAUCACAAGGUACAUCACUUCCCCAACAGUGGUCCAAUUCUCUAAUAAUACCUUUUCUUUUAAGUCCAUCAAGUGUCAUCCACUGUUCUAAAUUCAGACAAUGGUGCCACGCGUGUGAAUAGGCUUAAGUUUACAAAUACAGGCCAACUUCUGUAUCAUGGCAGGAUAGUUGUGAGCCACAUAUCAGAUUCUUUUAUUUCAUGAAGUUAGUUCUCUCUUGUUACAUUUCUGCAUUCAUCGUUUUCUUCAUGACAACAUGUUCUGCUACCAUUGGGUCCAUUUUUGUUCUUUUCUUCACAUGGCCUUUCCCAAACUGCAGUUUCCCAAAUUUUUACUCUGCACAUUAUAUUCCCCAGACACUAUGUAACCCUGAAAUUUGUUCCUGAUGACUGUUUGUGAAAAUAACUGUUUAACACCCAUUCUGACCACAUUCUAUUUUCUCAAUUUGGAAAUUUUCAUGAGGGGGGGGGAACAUUAAAGUAGCACAUCUCACUUAGAUGAUUAAGGAUAUUAAACAUUCCAUUUUAUAGUCUACUCUGAGAUGAAUUGCAUUAGCAUUAUACGUCUUGCUUCCACAUUGGUUUAAGUGCUGCACUCAGGGUGUGAUCAAAGGCCAGUAAAACUGCAGCCACUAAAAUUGGAACUUUGAUUCAUGAAGGCAUUUAGUGCUCUGAUGCCUGUUCUCCAGAUCUUACCUAUUUAUUUCAAAGCAGGCCUCUGUGUAGCAAGCACAAUGUGAAAUGUGUGGGAGUCUAUUCUCCCACUGAAGCAAAAUGCAAAUCCUGUGUGAAAUGCAAACCACAAAGGUCUAUGAAAUCAGCUCUUCUGUACUCUACAGUUGGAUUAUUCUGCAGUAUAUGCUCUCAGGAGCACACCUCAUGUAAUCUCAAAGAAUUGAUAUCAUCGGUCUGAUUUGCAAACUCCCUGCAUAGCAAAAGUUGUAACUGACUUUACCAAUUGAUAACACAAGAACUAGAUGAUAGUUGAGCUGUUGAACAAAUAAAGUUGAAUAUUUAUUGGCAACCAUUAAAACUUCCAGAUCCUAUCAAGAGAUGAGAUAUUUUGGCCAUUGCUCUACUUGUCUCAUAAUAUGUUAUGCCAAGAACUGAUUUCGGAGCAUACAAUAACUAAAGUGACAUAUAUUCUUUCAACUUAUUGCAAGACGACAAGAUUCACUGGAACAUACAAGAGUAGUAGGAAAAGUGAGAGACCAGUGGAAAAGAGGAAGACCUCAGAUGAGGUGGAUUGACUUGUUAAAGAAAACCAUGCCAUGGCAUUCAAGACUUUAGCAGGGUUGUUAAUGACAGACCCUUUCUGGGGUUGUUAAUUCAUAGGGCCACUCAUAAUCAUUGAAUGCUCUGCCAAAGCAGUGAUUGGCAUUACGAAUGAUUAUGCCAAUUUCAAGUAUUAUAGCUAAAGAUUAGGUAAUCCAGUUCAUAAUCCUAUUAAGCCAAAGUACUUUGGUUAAAAUUGAGUUAUCUCUGUAAAUGUGAGUCGUUUUAACUUCAGUCACAUUACAGUGCAUCAAUCAAGAAUUUUCUGAUGACUUUAUUUGCCUCUCUAGUUUAAGUCUCAACGAAUUGUUACAUCAUAACAAUGUGGCAAUUUUGGUUUUGUUUUGGAAUAGAAAUUACUAUUUCUGUUCAAAAAAAUUAAUCCUAUUAAGUUACAAUUUGUUCUGUAGCAAGAUUACAAUGUAAAUGAGGAUACAGAAAGCAAGUUAAUCGAUGCCCCUACAUCCUGCUUUAUUUUAUCACUUUUAAGUCAUCAUAGACUCAUUUCAUCCUCAAAUAGAGGAAUGCAAUUUUAGUUUUGAUUAUAGUAUCAUAACUGAAUUAUCAAUGUCAGGCUGAGUAAUCCUCUGCCAUAGUUCAUUGUCUUCCUUUCAUAGCAUGAAAUCAUUUCGGAUUCAUCAUUGAGAGCUGGUGUGAAUUAUCUGAGGCCACUUUCUUUUCCCAGAAAUGAAUAACUCUGUGGGGAAAAAAAUCAAAAUUUUAUUAACAUAAUAGAGAGUGCCUACCAAAAACUCCCCCACCGUACCCCAAUCCUUCAUUAUACCCAAGAUUGCUGCUUGGAUAUGUAUGAUGUUUGACAAAAUUUUUACCAAUCAUUUUACAAUCUUUUGUUUUGAGAAUUCAUGCAGUUCUAUCCAGAAACUGUGUCUUCUACUAAAAGAAUGCUGUUUUAUAUUUUUGCCAUCAAUUUGUUAUUUAUUCUUGUUUAUCCAAAUGAUUGCAAUAAUGAUGAUUCAUUCAUUAAUGUUAAGGUUAAUACAU